AUGUUUCGCCAGAGCUUCAAGCAUCGUGUCAUAAAGCGGACAGGCGAAGGUGCAGUAAAGUCAAGAAACAAUUUUAUUAUCGGUCUUUGCCUCUCUGAAUAUAUUCGGAGGGCAAUGAACUGGCUCAUUGCUGGGACAGGAUAUCAGGUAGAGAAGCGAACUCCCAAAGGGAAAUGGACCAAGGCGACGGCAAGCCUGGUUCCAGGGACAACGGUCAGCAUCACUGGUCUUGAAGAAGGAUCAGAUUAUGAAUUUCGUGUCAUGGGUGUCAAUGAUGCAGGUCUUGGCGAUCCCUCAAAGACCACGCCACCUCAGACAAUCAAGGACCCCACAUUCCCUCCUGGUAGCCCAGAGAAUCUUACCGCACAAACAAUCAACAAGAAUGGUGUAACUCUGGCCUGGCAGAAGCCUCGCUCAGAUGGAGGUGCAAAAGUAACAGGCUACCUCAUAGAACGUAAAGGAGAAUCCGGAGAAUGGGAAUUGGCUCGUCAUUGUCCGGCUGAUUCCACACAAGCAUGGGUGCCAAUGCAGGAGGGUGAGAAGUGCCAGUUUCGCGUGAAGGCCAUCAACCCUGAAGGUGAAGGGGAGCCAAGCAAACCGACGAGUGUUAUUACUGCAAAUAAUCAGGAAGCAGCACCCAGUCUAAUGGGCACAUCGGAUGCCGUGGGCGGAGAAGGAUCUGGUGUUGGUGGAUUGAAGGACAUUACGAUCAAAGUAUAUUUAGCAAAUUCAGAAAAGCGUAUUCAGAUGAUUGUCUUUUUCAUACCUUACAAUCGCCACACGCAGCCAUUAAAUAAUAUUUAA